AUGCCGUUAACGCUCUUGCGGAAGGAUACAUCCUCUGACAGCCUUCGACCCGGCAAACCCCAUGCCGGUAUGAACGACAGCGGAGCUAAACUGUUAGCUGACAGCAACCGUCGGAAAAGUUUAAGACCCAAACCGAGAAUGGCACUGAAGUCAUUCCGAUGCUAUGCUAGCACUCUCCUACAUCACGAGAUUGUUAAUUUCCGGAUACUGUGGAUGUUUUGCAUAAGAGGAGGAGCUGGACGACGACGACACGAAAACUUACAAAGAUUGUGUAGAGCAACAGAGAAGAGUAACUGCCACCACAUGUUGGUCUUCUGUUUGUUAUAUAGUGCAUCAGGUUCACUUCAUAUCCAGGAGGAGGCAGUAUUGAUCUUCACUCACUGCGUGUGGCGAGGGCCACCAUAUACAUCUGGACCAAAACCUCACUAUCCUGCUCUUCAAUCGGUGUGUCCAUGUGGCACUAAGCUGGCGGUUAGGCGACAGAGGGGGGUGAGCUCCACUGAAGCAUCCCUGUUUGAUGAUAACUCUGCCCUGUGGGAGGAAACAGCAGGACGGCUCGGCUCUGGCACUGCUCCCCUCUCAACAGAAGUGAGUCCACUGUCUGGGAGGAGAGGACACGUCUGGGACAGACUCCGCAAGGACACACGGCAGGAGCAAAAACCGUGGCAAAAAUUGGGGCGAAGCAACAGAUUUGGGAAACUUGAGGCUUCCAUCGGGUGACAGGUUUAAGUGACAUGCGCAGUCUGGCUCAUGAGAGAGUUGCCAAGGACAGGGGACUAACCUUGGGGUUGCAGUGAGAGCCAGACGGUGCAUCUCAAUAGUUUGAUGGUAAGUCUUCCUCCCUGUACUUUUCCUCUCCAUUCUUCUCCUCUCCCACUUUCCCAACCCUGAGUUUUUUUAUCAAUCGCUCGCAGACACCAACAAUAUAACUUGUACGUCCGAGUGUCUGUUUAAGCUAUGGAGUGGGUGUGAGUAAUCCAGUUUCAAGGUGCUGGAGGUUCAUGGGUAGAUUGGGAUUAAACGGCUAAUUUGGGCUUCAUUUGAAUUUCCUAACUUGCAAUGCUGCACUCGCAUGCACAGUGACAAGUAGUUUUUGCUUUAAGUUGCAUGGGUGGACGUAUUCCAGAAAGAGAGAGCCCCGAAUAGGAUCACAGGCUAACACUGUCAAACCAACAAGAAUACAAGCUGUGUGUGUUUGUGUGUGUGCAUGUGUGUGUGUAGCCCUUAAUAUUUUCUGCUGUUGAAUGGAUGCAGACAACACACAGCUAACAACACAACAGCAGAUCUCCGCACCCAGCUGGCAUCAUACCUUGUAUCUGCGUUUCUGUUCUGGAAUACAGUAAAGUUGUCUCUGGGUCGCUGCUCAGUGAUGAAGCGUGUCUACAUCUUGGUUUGUCUUGAAGUCCUGACCCCAUCACUAGCCCUGCAGUCACAGAGAGCCUCUUAAACAAUGACUCUCUUUAUUGUGACUUGCUAAAUCCCGUCUAACUCGCCAUGAAUCGAUCUCCCCAUUUUCCCUAUCCUUCAUUCUUGCACCCUCCUCCUCGCCUUCAUUUAGAAUCCACCGCUCCUUGUCUCCUUUCAUUUACCACACACAGAAAUCCAAUCACUAUCCAAUCGUCCGUAUCUGUGAAAUAUUUUGUUGGUAUUAGAUGACAGAAAAAGCAGGCCUUGUGGUUAUUAUGGGCCUCCCUCUGUUCAUUGGCAGUCUGCAGGGUUCAAAUGAGUCUUUGCAGGAGAACAUCCCUCACCCUCGUGACCUUAACUCACAUCUUUUCUCAGGUUUUCUGGUGACUUUCAGUCAUAUUUUACUCUGAAAAUGUAAAUGAAUCCAGAUAAAUCAACCAUGUAAGCAUUUAUAUGGUAAUGAGGCUAGUAGCCAGGGCACUGUAUCAGGCAGUAGUCAUCCACCUGCUGCUCUGUAAGCUUUGUCCAAUAAGCAAAGCCAAGACAGGCAGCACUGAGGCUUCUUGUUGUGUGAUGGGUAAAAAGAGGCAAAAAUCAAAGAUCUGACCAAACAGACUUGGCCUAAUGUACCUAGGGAAAAGUCAUUUGUGCUCCCCAGUGUGCCAUUAACACUUGCAGUUGCGUGUUUGCAGUUCUCACUAGGGACAACUAAAGUGACUCUCCAAUAUUGUCCCCCGUUGAGAACAGCUGCCGUGGUUAGCUUCAAUUCAUGUGGGCUACACAGGAUGAAAAAGCAGAGAAAAUAUUAAUGUGUCUGCUGCAAGUGACAAAUUAACUGAAUUAACUGAAUAUACCUGCUUCAAACCACAGCAUUUGGUCAUAUUUUGACAAAAUCUUUGUUUGGAACACAUUAAACAUAAUGGACAAAGGAGAAGGAGGACAAAACAGUGCAGGAGUUAUGUGAGAGCUUCUGAAGUCAUUCUGAUU